AUGGAGCGUUGUUGGGCCGGCGGCGGGUACUGCCCCUACUUCGACCCCGAUUACGACUCCCUCACCGAAAGAAUCAACCCUCCGAGGUCUCUCUCUCUCUCUCUCUCUCUCUCUCUCUCUCUCCCCCUUCCGCUGGGUCUCCUGUAAUGAGUUUGAUUCCUGUGCAGCGUCUCCGUGGACAACGAGACUUGUGUCGACACAACCCUCGUGAAGGUUCUAUUUCCGUAUUCCUCAUCCAAACCAAAGAACCAUUUUCCUUAGAACCGAUUUACGUUCGUGUUCCUUUCCUCCCUUCUCAUCCUCAAUCUGUAUCCUUCGAUUGCAGGUCGACGGGACCAACAAGCACGGGAUACUGCUGGAGAUGGUGCAGGUGCUGACCGACCUCGACCUAGUUAUCUCCAAAUCCUACGUCUCUUCCGACGGGGGAUGGGUCAUGGACGGUAUUUUUCUACACGUCUCUCUCUCUCUCUCUCUCUCUCAAUCUCUGUGACGAUAGCAACUAUGACAACGAUGACAACGAUGAUGCAGUUUUCCAUGUGACGGACCAGUUUGGGCGGAAGCUGAGCGAUCGCUCUCUCAUCAGCUAUAUCCAGCAGGUUCCAGCAAAUCUCUCUUUCCCUCACCCCCUCACAGUUAUCCUUCUAAGCCUGUAUCGGCUGAGCUUCCGCCGAUUCCUGCAAUUCACAGUCGCUGACGUCGACGCGAUUGAGAGGAGGGGCGGAGCCGGUGAAGACUUGCCUCGGCAGGGUGGUGGCGCCGCCAGUGACGGCAUCGUCAGAGCACACGGCCUUGGAGCUGACGGGAUCUGACCGGCCGGGAAUCCUCUCCGAGCUCUCCGCCGUCAUCGUCAAGCACGGCUGCCAGGUGGUCUCAGGCCAAGCAUGGACCCACAACUCCCGCGCGGCGUGCAUCCUCUACCUCGACGGGCAGCUCUCUGGUGGCGCCCGGUUGAGGGAGCUUGAGGAUCAGCUCGAGCACGUCGUCGCCGCCCACCACGGCCCCCGCGAGCGGUGGCGGCUGAGGCUGCGGCCCGCGGCGCACGCAGCCAGUUCCGUCCACACCGAGCGACGACUACACCAGCUGAUGCACGAGGACAGGGACUUCGAGGAGGAGGAGGAGGAGGCAGAGGCAACGAGGAAGAAGAUGGCCGCGAAGGUGUCCAUCGAGAGUUGCAGGGAGAAGGGCUACUCCGUUGUCGGAAUCCGGAGUCGGGACCGGCCGAAGCUGCUCUUCGACACCGUGUGCACGCUCACGGACCUGGACUACGUCGUCUUCCACGCCACCGUCAGCUCCCACGGACCGCUUGCCGUCCAGGUACGACGCCCAUCGCCAUUGUCGUCGUCGCAGGCCAAAACUCGCUGCUCACGGCCUGGUUCCUCAGGAGUACUUCAUCCGCCGCAUGGACGGCCGCCCUCUGGACUCUGAGGCCGAGCAGAGGAGGGUGGCCAGGUGCCUGGUUGCCGCCGUAGAGCGCAGAGUCUCGCAGGUGGGCUAUCGGGCUUCUUAACAGUGAACUUCCUUCUCUCAGCGCCUCUAAAACUAACGGCUCCAUGACCAUGAAUGAAGGGGCUGAGGCUGAAAGUGUGCACACCCGACCGGCUGGGGCUCCUCUCCGAGGUGACUCGGGUGUUCAGGGAGCACGGGCUGACCAUGAAGGGGGCGGAGAUCGGCACGCUCGGGGAGAGCGCCGUAGGGACCUUCUGCGUAAGGGACGCUUCCGGGGGGAAGGUGGAGACUCGGACGAUGGACUCGAUGAGGAAGGAGAUCGGGGGAGAGGUGGCCCUGGAGGUGGACGACUCGUCACCCUGGCCGCCGGCGAGGCCGAGCAGCCGCCCGUCCUCGACAAGCGGGAGGGGCGACGAAGGGGGAAGACCCUCUCUCGGCAGCCUCCUCUGGUCUCAAUUUGGACGUCUCUCCAACAACUUCGGAUCCAUCAGGUCUUGA